UCAACAACCAACAACCCUUCACGCCAGCACCGGCGAACUCUCACGUUGGUCUUCGUCUUUUUAAAUAAUCUAAAUUGAGGCGUUUGACCCCCUUGUCGUCGGAAGGCGAACUGCAUUUGUCGUAGUUAGAAGGCAAGAAACCGCUUGCCACCAUGUUCCUCACCCUCACCCUGCUGCGGAAAGGCAUCCCCGGGAAGCAGUGGAUCGGAAAGUACCGUCGUCCACGGCAGAUUACGUGGCAGAUGAACCGCAACACGGUGAAGCGCCUGGAGAGAGAGGCUGAGACCGAGUACUGGAUCAGCCGGCCGUACAUGACCAGGGAGCAGGAGUACUGUCACGCCGCCGAGCGCAGAGCCCAGAUUUGGCUCCAGAUCAAGGAGGUCAAAUUUGCCAAAUUUCCUGAACACAAGCACAUCAAAGACCACCUGAGUCAUCUCAACAUCACCAAGACGUGGUGACAAUGCGAGCAGAGGAGCUGCAUGCAAGGACUGUCUUCAUAAUGGGACAAUGUCACGUUUAUUUGUGCAAAAAAACAACUGGGUUUUGUUCUGUGUGUCAAAGCAACACUUGUCAGCUGAAAAGCUCCCAUGAAAAGUUGUAAACCAAAUCUGUAAUUGACCUUUUUAACUCUGCUUCCAUAAAACAAGUGUAAACUGUUUGUCCUGAAUCCACACCACUAAAACCUACUCGACCCAGCUAA